AUGGACAGAAUACGAGGUUUCCUAAGGCGCCCCAGGAGGCCAGACGCGAAUAUCGCAAGACUUCGACGGCGAAGACAGGCAGCUGCCUAUAUCCAUCGUAAUUUAACAAAAUUGACGACUGCCUUGUUUGUUAUUGGAUAUGCGUGGAUGCUGCUUAUCCCUAUACCAAUGCUCUCCCAAGGAACGUACAUAGACGAGAAUGCGCUCCAGCCUGCGCAAGUCAAUACAUAUUGGAACUGGGGCGAUGUUCACACAGCAGACUUGCAACUGUACCAACUGGAUGGUAUUCAAGAACGAAAUCUCACCAGUGAACAAAGAGCGGAAUUCUUCAGGACUGAAUUCAGUAAACUUGGCCUUGCUGCUUCCAUACAAAAUUAUACUUUCAGUACCAGUAAAGGAAUCGUCUCAGGCAACAAUGCGUAUGCCGUAAUGUCGUCGCCUCGAGCCGCUGGAACAGAAGCGAUAGUAAUCAGUGCAUCAUGGUUAAGCAGGGCAGGGUGCGGCACACUGAAUUUGCGUGGGACAUCUACCGUAUUGUCUCUCGCUGCAUUCUUAAAAGAUUAUUCCUUAUGGGCGAAAGAUAUCAUCUUUAUCAUCAGCGACGACUACCUCCAUGGAAUGCAUGCAUGGCUGAAUGCAUACCAUGGCACAAUACCGUCGAAUCUUCGUACAGACCCUCUCGAGCAUACCUCGGGGGUCAUUUGGACUGCUUUGAAUAUUGACUACAGCAGUCAUUCUUUUUCGCACCUUGGUGUCUUCCAUGAGGGCUUGAACGGACGUCUCCCAAAUCAGGACCUCAUCAAUUCUUUCCGACUAAUCUCACAUUAUACAGGUGGCGUCCCAAUGACAGUGUACGAUCACCUGGAGUAUUCAGAUUCUGUCGAUCGAUUGCCAGAGCAGAGCCUCUUUCCGCCAUGGGUUCCGCCUUUUAUUCAGCAGAGUCCACAACUUCAGCAAUACGGGUAUCGUGUUCGGAAUGUAGUCCGACACAUCGGCUACCAGGCUCGCGGUAUGUGCAGCGGGGUGCAUGGCUUGAUGCAUCAAUUCCGUAUCGACGCUAUCACCUUGUUUGCCGUUCCAGCAGACGGACCGCACGGGUUCCAUGCACUAGGAAGAAUCGUCGAGUCUACCCUUAGAACAAUGAAUAACCUUUUAGAGCGUUUACACGCUUCCUUCUUCUUUUAUAUCUUAACCAGCCCUGGGACGUUCAUGAAGAUCGGCAUGUUUCUCCCAAGCACCAUCCUCGUCAGCGUGGCCAUGUUAUUCAAAGGGCUUGGCGAGUGGGUGACUGCGGGGUGGGUUUGGGAAAUAUCUGAGGCCUCUCUGAAAGGCAACGAGACUGAGAAAUCCAGUCCUGCGAAAGGCACAUGGAGAAAUAGGCGACGACCCAUGCUGUCUGCGCUUAUCGUUGUGGUGACUACUCAUGUUUUAGGAGUUCUCGUAUUCAACCUAGUUUGCAGUCGAUGGUUCGCCGAGUACCCUUCGUUUCUUGCGCCAGUUAUUUUUACCACCGUGUCGGUGAUACCUCCAGUCCUCCUUCCGCUACUUUCGACAAACGCCUCGGAAGCAGCUCCGACUUCGAUGCUCCUGAAAUCGUCGAAUCUAUGCCUAGCAUCAACAGUGAUAUCUAUCACGUCUCUACUAAACUUUUCCCUCGCUGCCAUGCUUGUUACAACUAUGGGUAUCCCUCUGGCGACGUCAUGUACAUCCUCAAGCACAACGACCUCUCGUUUGCGAUAUGCUGGCUACUGUGUGCUAGCAUGGGGUUGGUUAGUGUUGGUACCUGGAGAGGUUGAAAGCGCGAUCUGGAACUGGGAGGUGCUGGGUGUAUGGUUUGCGCCGUUCAUAUGUAUUGUGUACGCCCCGCUCGUCAUGCAAGCUGCUAUUGUAUGUCUAUAG